CGGGCUGCGCGUUAGCCGGUGGCCGGGCAAGGCACCAAAAUGAAAGACAUGGACAAUAUCAAAACUGUAAAGAAGGAAUGGAUGUGUAAAUCGGGAACCAAUGAUCAGAUUUUAAAUGGUACAGAACAAAACUGUGACUACUUAGUAGAUAACCUUUUUGAAGAAGCUCAGAAGGUUGGUGCCAUAUAUAUGCCCCCAACUACAGUCAAGAACCAGGUUGAUGUAAUUAUUAAACUUUGGAAAAACGGGUUUACAGUAAAUGAUGGUGACCUUAGGAGAUACACCGAUGUUGCAAACCAGCAGUUCUUGGACUCCAUUAAAAAGGGGGAACUGCCUUUUGAGCUACAGAAACUUUUUGAUAAGGAGGAAGUAGAUGUGAAAGUGGAAGAUAAAAAAGACAAGAUGUAUUUGUCAAAGAAACCAGUAUUUCAUCCCUUUUCUGGACAUGGAUACAGAUUGGGAAGUGCUACUCCAAGGAUAAUCUCUAAAGUAAGAGAUGAUCAUCAAGGACCUGACAAGAGACACCUACCUUUAGUACCCUUAAAUGAUUUGGAGCCUAUCACUAACAUACAGAUCUGGCUAGCUGAUGGAGAAAGGGUAAUUCAGAAAUUCAAUGUUUCUCAUAGAAUAAGUCAUGUCAGAGACUUCAUAACAAAGUACCAAGGAUCAGAGGGAAGUGUUCCCUUCACCCUGACUACUUCGCUGCCAUUUCAAGAGCUGCGAAACGAAACACUCACGCUAGAGGAAGCAAAGCUGCAAAAUGCUGUUGUUGUUCAGAGAUUGCAGAAAACAUCUGAACCUUUCAAACUCUUAAUGAUAAAAGCAACUGAUAGUGACUGUAAAAAUGCUGCUGCACCUAAUGGACAGCUCAAGAAUGAGCAGAAAAAUGCUAUCAAAAGUUCAAGAUCAAAUUAGCUUUUAACUGACCAAAAACUACACACAAGUGGAACUAGACAAAACCAAAAACGUAACCAGCAAUAUCUGGAUGCACUCUCAUUCUCAUGCACUGUGCUGUUAAGAGAGCUGUCACCUGCUAUAAUAGACACAUUUUUGAACUAAUUUUGGUGGUCAGAGCCUGGCUGUAUAACAUAGCAGAGGCAACUGUACAACAGGGUCAUCCUUAGAAUUUCCUUAGGUAAAAAACUUCUUAGUUCUUUAAUGAGUGUAUUUAGAUGGGGCAGUGUUCUCAGACUUACUACUGAUAGCACCUUUUAAGGAGAAACCAUAUUUAUUUUUGCACUUUGGACCUAAGUGAAACUGAACUGAUUGGUUUUACUUAUAUUUCACUAUAAGUUUGUAUUUCACUGAAGUUUGUAUUCUUCUCACAAUAAUUUUUAGGCUACAGAUGCUGCAGGGAGGCUCACGUUUGAGCUCUUUACUAACUUGAAAAUCUUCAAUAGAGGUAUCUUCAGGAUUUAACUUUUAUCACAAGAUCUGCAAUGUAAUGUUCUAUCAUGUGUUCACAUGGUGGUAGGUACAUGUGUGAGAAGACAGAAGUGGGGUAAUCUGGUGCAUACUGCCUGUGAAGUGCCUCAAAGUAAGCACUGAAGAAAUUUUUAUUACUAAUGGUUGGAGUGGUUUGUGCCUCUCUUCUGCUGCUACAGGUGUCUUACAGAUAAGGUGAUGUCAAACUACCUACUUACUCAUUAGGAUAGAGAUCCACUUUUAGCCUUGUCAUACAAAAAAACUCAGCUUUUCUGUACAGGAAUAGUGUCUUAGAAGAACACAGGUGGUUUUGUUCUAUGUAUCUCCCUGCUGAUUGAAACACUAAUUGCAUGUGGCCAAGUUUCAAAGAUGUUGAAAAUCCUUAUUUGAAAACUGAGGUUCUCUGCCCUCCCCUCCCUGUCCUAUGUCCAUACAAGUCUUGCUGUUUCUGUACUUAAGGCAUAAAAUUUACAGCCAUGUUUUACUAAAGGAGAAAUUGACAUGAAGACUCAAUACAUUGUAUCACCUUUGCAAAGUAGCACCUGGGUUUGUGAAUGGAACUGGAGUCUGUUGCUAAGACUUAACCCUUGGGGACCUUCAAGUGAGUGCCCACUAGUUUGUGCUGCCUGUGCAAAUGGAUGAUUGUUGGGGUUGCACUUCUUUUGCAUGGUUAAAUGAAAGAUGGGUUUGGGAUUUCCUGGUUUUAUUUUAAAUAGAAAUUUAUUUAAUUGCAAUGACUAGAAUUCUGUCUAGAAGUCCUGUUACUUCAAGCUAGGGACAUGCUUCAUUCCCAGAGAUGUAAAACUGUUCUGCUUCACCAUCUCUGCUGGUAUGUUUGAGGGUGGCUACAUGAAUAUCUAUUUGGAAAACAAUUUUCUGAAAACUGCAGUUAACGGUUUUCAGCACUAUAAACUUGGUGUGUUACUGUGUC